UUUGAACUCUUUCCUACUUUCUUCUCCACACAGGUUGGCGCAGCGGCUCUGUGUGGAGACCUGAAGGCCUUUCUGAACCAAAACCUCUCCAAAGGCAACAUUUCCCUGGUAACACCAUCCAGCUACAGCCCAGCCACCAAGAUCACACUAGGAACCGUCAACUCCAAUGUGGGCGCGCAGAUGGUUAGUGUCACACAAACAGACCAACAACAAACAUGCACUUCAUAUUGGGAAAACUUUGUGUGCAUCUAUAUGCAAAACAAAAAAAGGACACAUGGCUACAUUGAUUCCUAUUACUCAGACAGGGAUGGACUGUGUUCGAGUGAUUCCUCGUCCAGUAAGAGAAUGAAGAGGGCAGAUAAGAACGGUAAAGGCCUGAGGCACUUCUCCAUGAAGGUGUGUGAGAAGGUACAAAAGAAAGGCACUACGUCCUACAACGAGGUGGCUGAUGAGCUGGUGGCUGAAUUCACUCACGCCAACAGCCUGAUGCCCGCUGACUCGCAGGUGUACGACCAGAAGAACAUCCGCCGGCGUGUGUACGACGCGCUCAACGUGUUGAUGGCCAUGAACAUCAUCUCUAAAGAGAAGAAGGAGAUCCGCUGGAUCGGCCUGCCCACAAACUCAGCCCAAGAGUGCCGCAACUUAGAGCAGAUCGCCUUUAAGAAUCUGGUGCAGAGGAACCAGGCCAGCGAAGCCUUGUCCCAGUCAACUCCCCCUCCAGGAUCUGUCAUUCAGCUUCCCUUUAUCAUUCUCAACACUGACGUCCGCACCGUCAUCGACUGCUCCAUCUCGAGUGAUAAGUGUGAAUACCUCUUUAACUUUGACAACACGUUUGAGAUCCAUGAUGACGUUGAGAUCCUGAAGCGGAUGGGCAUGUCUCUGGGGCUGGAGAACGGCACAUGCUCUCCAGAGAACCUCAGCGUGGCCAGAUCUCUGGUGCCCAAGUCUCUGGAAGCACAUGUCACCAACAUGGCCACAAACUCCAACAGAACACCUCUCAGCCUCACAAGCAGCACGGCCCCGUCACACGCCUCAGAGUCUCGCGGCCAGACGCCCAGCUCCUUCAACGAGGAAGAGGACGACGAGGAUGAUGACGACAAUCCCUCUUCCCCAGAGUGAUCCUGAGCUCAGUGCUGGGACGGGAAUCGCGAGCAGAGCCCGGGAGGAAACGCUACACAGGAAAUAAGCUGCCACUCCUCUCUAUAUUACCAUAUUUUAACUUCCCUCACCAUCUCUUUCCUCCUCUUUCCCAGUUUGGCACAAACGCCAGGAGUCUUUGGCUCCGGGGGAGAUGGUUUACUGUAUUUCUGUGGUGCUUUUUGGCUAGCGAGCCGCAGGUCGGGCCAUAGAGGAGAGCGUAUAAGUGAGGGUUAACACAUCUUCAGGUCAACUGCCUCAUGUCAUCUCGGUGUUCUACUCUUCUCUGUUUCCUACCCUGAGGGACGUUCAAAUUCUUUCCAAAAAUGUAUUUAUUUCGGUCAUAUUUGAAUAUGACCAUAUCUGCGUAGUCCAGUGGGCUAGUGCCACUUUUUCUUCUCCGUGGGGAUCGGAAAGCAACGUGCUGACCUUACUGUUCACCGCUUGAAAGAAUUUACAAAAAAAGGAAAAAUGUUCUUUUUUUAUAGGUUGAUUCAGUGUCAUUUUGUUGUAUUGUAUAGUUUAUUCCUUGUCAUUCAUCGCAAUAGUUGAAGGAAAAUAAAACAUGGAUGGUUGUAUCUGCUGUUCCGGGUUCAAAUAGCUGCCAGCCGGUUGUCCUCAGGCCAUUUGAAUGUUGCAUGCUGGGAGA